GCUGGGAAUGCGGUGGGGACUCAGGUACUCCGCUGUCCUGUCAAAUUGAUUCAGUUGACAUGGCGCUAACUCGCUUCGAGCGGCUGCAAGCGUGGAUUCUUCGCACUUUCAGUAAAGUGCUCCUCGUCCUCUUUCGGUUGCUCGCACCUCGACCGUCUGAUGGGUCUUCCAAGCUCGCACCGAUCACCAAUCCUCUCUUGAUGGUCUCUGGCACACAGCUGGCUCAAAAAAUUCGCAUCAGGGAGGUGUCUUCCGUGGAGGUGGUACAGGCCUAUAUCGACAGGAUCGAGGAAGUCAAUCCUCUUCUCAAUGCUGUGGUCAAAGACAGGUUCUCAGCUGCUCUGCAAGAGGCUGCCCAGGUGGACAGGCUGAUUGACGAAGAGGAGGAUGGUGAAGAUGUGCUGAAGGACAGGCUGCCUUUGCUCGGCGUUCCGUUCACUGUCAAAGCGGCCGUCGCUCUCCAAGGCAUGCCCUUGUCUGCUGGUUUGGUGAGCAGGAGAGGGGUCAUUUCCGGAGUGGACGCUCCCCCCGUGGCCCUGCUGAAGAGGGCCGGUGCAAUCCCACUGGGCAUCACAAACUGCAGCGAGCUUUGCAUGUGGUUUGAGUCCCAUAACCGGCUGUACGGCAUCACCAGAAACCCCCACGACCUCAGCCGGAUUCCCGGGGGCAGCUCUGGUGGAGAGGGCAGUAUUUUGGCGAGCGGGGGAUCUGUUAUUGGGGUUGGGUCAGACAUUGCGGGUAGUAUCCGUAUGCCCGCGUUCUUCAACGGCAUCUUCGGACAUAAACCAAGCGCAGGCAUCGUCUCUAAUGAAGGUCAGUUCCCUCCGCUCUCUGGCAUGGAAGAUGAUUACCAGUCGACUGGACCCAUGUGCCGCUAUGCUGAGGAUCUGCUGCCCAUGCUGCAGAUAAUGGCUGGACCCAAUGCAGAAAGGCUGUGCCUGUCGGCGCAGGUGGACCUCAGGAAGCUGCGGUUCUUCUCCGUGUCCCAUGAUGGAGGCUCUGUGCUCGUCUCCCCCGUGGACCAGGAGCUGCUGCAGGUCCAGAGGAGGGUGGUGGAGCAUCUGGAGACUGACCUGGGGGUCAAAGUUCAAGAGCUGCGUUUUCCCCAGUUGAAAUACUCGUUUCAGAUCUGGAGUGACUUCAUGAGUUUGCCAGACCAAGACGGCAAGCCCCCCACGCCCUUCGUGGUGUCAAUGGCCGACCACGGGAAGAAGGUGUGGCCACCGUGGGAGAUGGUCAAGUCGUUCCUGGGACUGUCCUCCCACACCUUUGCGGCUGUCGGACUCGCCCUGAUGGAGAUGGUGCAGAGCUCCGAGCCUGACCCGUUCAUCCUGCAGCAGAAGGAGGACCUCCAGAAGGAGCUGGAGGAGGUGCUGGGGACAGACGGGGUGCUGCUGUACCCCUCACACCCCCUCAUCGCCCCAAAACACCAUCACCCCCUCUGCACCCCUUUCAACCUGGCCUACACAGGGGUCUUCAACAUCCUGGGCCUUCCGGUCACGCAGUGUCCCCUGGGCCUGAGCCAGGGGGGGCUCCCCUUGGGGGUGCAGGUGGUCUCCGGGAGGGAGCUGGACCGGCUGACUCUGGCCAUGGCGAUGUACCUGGAGAAGGCCUUCGGGGGCUGGAGGGAUCCUGGGGCCUCAUCCUGAGCCCCCCGUCCGCCCGCCCGCCCCCCCCCAGUCUGCCCCUGACUAUGGGACUCAAAACACACAACCGCUUCCUCCUGCUUCAGCGCUGUCGUGUCUGGAGGGCCGACGGACCGUCUUUAAACGUACGUCAAGGCUGCUCGCCUCAACGCACUUUAGGAACCUCGGCCGCUAGCGAUGCGGGCGUUGUGCGUAGCUUAGCAUACUGCAUUAAGGCUUGCGUCACCUCUGCAGCAUUCGAUGAGUUCUGUUAUAGUCAUGAGAUUGCGAUGUGUCCCUUAACGUAAGCCAGGCUUGGCCCUCCAUACAUCUCAACGCAUGAAGUUUUAAUGAAUGUCAACAUUUUUAACGUGUCAAAGAUUGAUGCGGUGACGCCUCUAAACGACAAAGUGUUUUCACUAAACAUAUCCGUGUAUAACGAUCACUAAAUCUCAAUCCACAUUCACAUCUACGCUUGCUAAUGUCUGUGGCGGGAGAUGGCUGGUCACAAGAAUCUACAUGUAAAAAUCCUAAUCAAAAUCACGAAUCCAAUCCUUAAAUCCUGUCACCUACCGAACUGUCCGAUAAACGACACUAACGGUGCGGCCCUCCGGCCGCUCUCUCCCAGCCUACAGGCCGGACCGGGCCCUCGCACCGCCUCUCAGAGCUGCCAAUCAAAGGACAGCAGGCCUCCCAUUGGUCUGGUCAGCCCUGUUGAGGAGCUGGUGUUGGGUACCUGGCCCUUUGGCUGUGCAGGGACCAGGGAGCUGUGAAGCAUCGUCGUUUUUAAAUGCCAGGAUGAAAUAUGGCCGCCGCGGCAAGUGAGAUUCCGAAUUAUGAAAGUCCCGAUUAUAAUCCCGAAACUAUUUCUCCUUCCUCGUGCCCAGGGUAUAAAAUGCAAGGUUCUAGCAAGACCCAUAAUGCAAUGCUCCACUUGAAAAAGAGAGGAGCAAAUUAGUGCCUUGUAAAACGGAGGAGGCAAUAUUAUUUUUGUGCAAUACGUUUUGUGAGGUUCAUGAAUAAUUACGAUGGGAGGGGAGAUUAAGAACUGAGAAUUUAACUUUAUCAGAUACUUCAGCCUACUCAUUUGUGUUUUUGUUUUUUUGUUUUUAAACCUGGCUGUUGUCUUUUAUUAUCAAUCAAAAUAAUAGGAUGGUUGUUAUGAAUUAUUCAUAAACCUUCCAGAGUGAUCUGCGCUUCAUUGUACGUCGCUCUGGAUAAGAGCGUCUGCUAAAUGCCUUCUAAUGUAAUGUAAUGUAAAAAAAACUUGCACCAUGGUUACUGUGGACUACCACUUCCUGUAUAGGUUGCAGAGCAACGGUUGUUUACUUGUUGCACAUCACAAAUUUUGUUGCAACAUACGUCCCUCGAGGGAACACAACAGGGGAAGGGAAUGCGUUAAAGUGGAAUCGAAGGCAGGCCUUGGAUCAAUGACAUGACCCAACUGGUGCACAUCCUGAACUCAUCCCACUCAGCAACGCUGCGUCACCCAGGGAACCACACCUCCCGACUGAACACAUACUGAACACAUACUGAACACACACUGAACAUGACUGCAGGCCAGGCAUUGCGAAUAUAAACUGCACCAAUGUAAUCUAAUUUAGGGAAAUUAAUGUAAUCGAACGUACGUGUACAUAAGUGGACAAUCAUAAAAAUUGUGUUGAUGUGCUUCACAAACUAGGGAUUCACAGACAGCCUCUAAGCCUUACAUAACUGUAUGCAAUGAAUUAAAUGGAUGGUUCAAUUUUAUUAAUUCCUUCUCCAUUAUCAUAUUCCUGUGUGAGGUCUGGCUCAAACGUUUUAUACAUAUCUUAUAAAGAUAUGCAUCAUUAUAAGGUCUUUGCUGCAACUGUAGUUUGAAAUUACAACCAUCGAUGGCAUGCCUUUUUGUUGAUUAUUCAAUAUUUUAGUUAGACAAUAGUUGCAAUAGUUGAUUUAAGAUUUUCCUUUUAAAUUACUUGCUUGAAUAACCUUGCUGUUGCUUGGCUUCCUUUGUUUGAAAACAGACAGAGGAAGCUGAUGAUGGUAGAAUUUCAGCAUCAAAUAUGUUGUGAAUUUAAUCAAUGUUAUUAUCGAUAAUGGGACGUGAUUGUCUGCAUUGAAAGGUGAAGUUGUACAUGUUUGAUUGUAAAUGGAACUGGAGGAACAAAAUGAGGGCCAGGUUUGCUGCAGACGGCACAGGCCCAGAAACAGCGUGGUCAUAAGACCAUGUACACAAAGCAAAUACAGGUAAAGGUCAAAGGUUAAAGACAAUGCUGCCUCCAGAGGGACUGCUUUCACUAUGCAAGAUGUCCGUUCCAUUAUGACAUUUGAUCACUUUUUUUUUUUUUUUUUUUCAUUGGCAACAAUGUAACUGUUACUGUCCUAAACACUAUCUCAUAAAUAAAGCAUCUUUUUACAGUU